ACUCAGGAGAGAGAGCCAGAGACAGAGAAGGGUAGUGGUAACCGUGGUAUUGAAGAAGACUUCAGAAUCACGACAGUGAGGACUGUGAGGGUAAAAGACAGCUAAGAGCGAAGGUGGAGUCUCACCUACCAUUACUCUUAUUUCUCUCUCUCUCUUCCCAUCCCUUUUAAGUGUUCUCCCUUCUCUUCUCUCUCCUUUCACAACUUAACACUCACUCUCUUUCCCUCUCUAUAAUGGAGGAAUAGUGUUUAAGAGUGGGAGUAGUUUCUAGGUAUAUUUGCUCCUUUUCGUACUUGUAUUGGUUUCAGAGUUUCUCUUUUGAGAGGGUUUGUCUCGAAGUGUGCGCCAAAAGUUUUUAGUUUCUCAGUUUUGCUCAGGUGUUACUUCAGUGAAGAACUUCAAAUUCUGACCACUCGCAUUUCGCUUCUCUUUCGUCUUCACAUAAAGCUGUGAGAGAAGGUUACAUUCAGAGAAAUGAUGGAUCCCAAUUUCCAGGACGAGAUAGACUGCGGCAGCUUCUUCGAUUCUUUUGACGACUUGACUCAAUUUCCUCCCGAUAAUGGGUUUGGGCUUGGCUCCGGUGACCGGAACGAUUUUCGGGCCAUUUGGCCAAAUUCUUCCCAUUCUUUUCUGGGUCCAGAACCAAUUUUCUCCGGCACCAGCAGCAAUAGCGCUUCUGACCUCUCCGCUGAAUUCGGCGUUCCGUACGAAGACACGGUAGAACUUGAAUGGCUUUCAACUUUCAUGGAGGAUUCUUUCUCUGGUGGUGGGCUGACCAUCGGCAAAGAGAACUGUUCUGUCAACAAGGAGUCAUCCUGCAACCAAUUCCGAACCUCCAGUCCUGUUUCAGUCCUUGAGAGCAGCAGCAGUAGCAGCUCCUGCUCUGCAGCCAAGGCAAUGCCCCUCAGCCCGAUUCACCGUGGCCCUCAGCGUGCUCGCAGCAAGAGACCUCGCCCUGCAGCCUUUAAUCCCCAUCCGUGUAUUCCUCUUGUCUCUCCCAUUUCCUCUGUUACGGAGAUCCCUCAGCCCUUUGUUGCUCCUGGAGUUUAUUCAGAGUCGGAGAGUUUUGUGGAGUCUCAGCCAAUUAAGAAGAUACCAAACCUAGCUUCAGCAGAACACAAGAAAAAGAAAAAGAAAAUGAAAUUAUCAGUUCCUUUGGGUCCCUUGGCGAUAAAUCAAAAUCAGCCAUCUCAAGCAGUAAGGAAAUGCAUGCACUGUGGGAUAACUAAGACACCACAAUGGAGGGCUGGUCCAAUGGGGCCAAAAACCCUCUGCAAUGCAUGUGGUGUUCGCCACAAGUCGGGCCGGCUCUUCCCUGAAUACCGGCCUGCAGCAAGUCCAACAUUUGUUCCGUCGCUGCACUCCAAUUCCCACAAGAAGGUUCUUGAGAUGAGAAGCAAGAUCGACGGAAAGACCACAGUGCCCGGGACUGCAACAAUGACUCCAAACACCACCAAACCAGAGUCCAAUUCCAAGGAGUGA